UAUCUGCAUAAAGGUAAUGUCCGUUUUACGGUAAUUUUACUUGUUCUUUUAAUUCUAAACGAAACUUUAGUCAAUGUUAACUAAGGCUUACAUUGUUUGGCUGCACACACUAAUUCUGAUAACUAAUGAUAUGGCAUCGGCAGUACGUCAUCGCCCAGUGCUGAUUGAUGAGUCAUGUGACCGGAAGUGUGUCAGCCGGUGAAAACGAUAAUUGGCGCCCAUAGUGAUUAGCUUGAUUUAUUUUUUUUCGCCACAAAAUGUCUUCUAAUUAUAUCGGUAGCCUGAGUGGAGAGGCUAGAAAAAUAAUAUGACGUGAAGUUAGUGGCUGCAGGGCUUACCAAAUGCCCCUUUCGUGUGCCAGUAGGUACAAAUUUGAUAUCCGACGAAGUAUCCUGAUCUUGUCAAGUUAGGCCUAUAUGGUAUCCAUAAAUCCUCCAUAAACAGUUCAUUUAAAUGCCUCGUCCUGCAUCCAAGCUGGACACUUAUUUGUCCUUUCUGGAGUUGGAACUGAACGCAACACACUUCAGUGUGAUUGUGAGUGCUCGCUGCAUUAUGAGCAACUACAGAUCAGCCACAAAGACAUUAUGGAUGGAGAGAGGGAGACACUUUUGAGGCAGACUCUGGCAAAUAACAAUUCCCCAAAUGAAGAAGCAGUAUCAACAACACGUCUGAAGAAACGGCAACCAAGAGAAAUAAACUUUAGAAGCAAACUGAAGAACUAUUCAGAGAACAAGGCAACAAUACGCCCCCUCAAGGGGCAUUCUUAUUUGAGCCAUGGAAGUGAAACUAUGCAGUCAGAGCACCGAAGGGGUGAGGACGGAGUCCAAGUAUGUCCGUGCAUGUGUGUCCAUGCAUGCGUGUGUAUGCGGGCACGCGUUGGGGACGGAGUUCAAGAAUUUGACCCAAGAAAUCAGCCAUCAAGACAAAACUGUGGCCCAGGCAGAAAGCAAGUAAAAAACCUAAAGAUGAGCCCGCCAAGGUGGAGAAGUCACCCAAGUCGGCAAUGUCGCCACCCUCCGCCGCACCGAGAAAUACCCCCCCACAGCUGAGCGAGGCCGAAAGGAUGCGUUUGACGCCGUUCGAGAGGGCUGUCUAUGACAUGGCCCAUAACGAAAGGAUUGUCAACGACCUCACCCUCGGCCGAAGGGUUGGGUUCUACGAGCUCCGCGGUGAGAUCGGCCAAGGCAACUUCUCAUCAGUCAGACUGGGCAUCCACGCUUUGACCAAAGAGAGGGUGGCCGUCAAGAUAAUGGAGAAGCAGUGUAAAACAGGUAAAGGCUCCUGGCUCUUAACCUCUUCAGAGAUCCGCUGCAUGGAAAAGCUGUGCCACCCCAACGUUGUGCGCCUGUACGAGGUGAUUGAAACGAGCAGGAAGCUCUACCUGGUGAUGGAAUACGGCAGUGGUGGCGACCUUUUCUCUCGCGUCACCACCAGAGGGAAGCUCAGCGAUCUGGAGGCCAAGUUGAUCUUUGCGCAAGUGGUCUCUGCGGUGAAACACAUGCAUGAACAAAACAUCGUCCACCGGGACCUGAAGGCCGAAAAUAUCUUCUACACCACCAGCUACUGCAUCAAGGUGGGUGACUUCGGCUUCAGCAGCGAGAGCUCACCCAACGUGCAGCUCACCAAUUUUUGCGGUUCGCCGCCAUACGCCGCACCGGAACUCUUUCGGGAAAAGGGCUACGUGGGGUUCUACUCGGACAUCUGGGCUUUAGGUAUAGUUCUGUACUUCAUGAUGACCGCCACGCUGCCUUUCUACGGGGACAAUAUGAGCAGGCUGAAGCGUUGCAUCCUUCAAGGGGCCUACAGCAUCCCGGUUUACGUGUCUGACGAGUGCCAGCUUGUCAUCAAGGGGUUGUUGCGACCUGUACCGGUGGACCGCUCGUCGCUCGCUCAAGUUUCAGACAGCGCUUGGCUAAAGGGGAUCGAAUACCCCGGUCCAUAUGUACCUCUGCCCCUUGCCCCCGUCCACUUGGCCCAAGCUGCCAAUUCACUAUGCGAGGAGGAAAUGGAGGUGAAGACUCUACUGUCAGACCUGGGCAUCAUUGCGGUUCACUUGCAGAACAAUCCCUGUUCAGACUCAAAGAGCCCGUUGACCGGGACCUAUCGUAUCCUGCUUCAUCGGGUCCAGAAACGGAGGUCUGUGGAAUCUGUAGGAUAUGCGACUGUUCGCCCCGACUCAUACAAAAGUCAUCCCAGGUGGUGCGUUUCAUCCAUAGACAGACACAACCCCUCUGCAGUUUGUGUUGUACUCUAAUCAAGUGCUACCUUGGCCAUAUGAAUGCCCCAAAAUGUGAGCUUUUGGAGUUACAAGCCUUCAGGCAGUUGAUUUGAAGCAAUAAUUAGACUUGGCACUCCGUUUCAGAUAUUCUGGUACAAGAUAAUAGCAAGGGACUUCUCAACAUUUGGACAUCAUCAGUAUCCACAGUUAUUUCGCAGUGAGUGUUGGGUUUGUUUGUUUUUUGUACAGAAUUUUUGCCAAAUUUCUUUUUUUCUAGCCAUUGUUCUGAGAAAGUGAGUGAUUAACAGAAAACAGAUGAUGUCCCUUCAGUGAAAUCCUAAAAUUAAACAAAACAUCAGCCAAGCAUGAGUGUCGUCAAUUUGGUGAACUCAUUUUGAAAUCUGAAAUUAAGAAAGCAGUUUGCUCGGGCAUUGUUUAAGUUACGGAGUUAAAACAGUUCGAAGUCUUCCAUUUGCAAAUCUUGGUAAAGUGUCUUGAAAAGGCAUUGAAUUCAAUCUGGUAGGUUUUAUAUUCCUUAAAAUUUAAAUUGCCAAGUAUUGCAUGAAAUUGUGUCUGAGAAAUUUUCUGAUAAUUUAAAGAUUAGUGAUUUUUUUCCCCACCAUUUGUUUUAAAUUCCAUUAUAAGUAGUUUUAAAAAGGUCUUAAGAGUCUUGAAUUUCACUGGAUGAAAGCUGUUGGAACCUUGUUUUCAUUUUAAAUGGGGUUUGGUUUCGACAAGUAUCUCAAUAUAAAAAAAAAAAAAAAAAAGAAUUGCUUUUGAUUUCAGCAAAAUAAAAAAAAUAAAAAUGCAAGAAAUGCACAUGAUUUUAUUUGUCGGGCCAAUUAAAAUGAUGUGAUGUGCCAGAUCUGUCAGAAACUGAAGAAGAUGGUUACAACUGGAUGCAAUGCGAGCUGUCAAUUGCCACGUUUACAUGGAGCCAAAUAUUCCAAUUACAAUCGGUUUAGAUGUUCAAACCGAAUAAAUGUGUUCCAUAUAAACACCUCAUUCGGAAUGAACAGGCCCAAACCGAAAGGAAUUUCAUUCCGAUUCACAGGGGUGGAAUAUUCCUUUUUCCAAACCGAUUAGAAGUAAAAUUAUAUCAUGUAAACAGGGAAGCGGAAUGGUGUCUGGUUGCGUUCUUUCUGCACAUGCUCCGUACUGACGUGGUGACGUCACUUGGUGACGUAAGUAACGUCACUUGCAACAUGGCUUCCAAGCACACGCACAGCGCACCUAAUUGGA